ACAUGAGGGUCACAACCGGAAACCGGAACAUCCGCCUUAUAUAAGCAGACAUGAAAUCAAUUGGCGUCAGAGCUAGCCCCAGGACGUCUUGCUUACUACAUAAUCUGAUCUCGGCACGUCCACGUUCAUGCUUCCACAUCCCAAUAUCACGAUGUUAUCGCGAGAGCCUGCGGGCUCUUGAUGAUGGUUCAUCUGGGUCUCUCAAGUCCCUCCCCCUCCUCCGUCCCAAUCGCGUUUAUGUCCCGAAACUGUCCGCACAUGAAAACCGUUUAUUUCCCACCCUCGUUCGUCGCCUCCCACCUGCGGCCCCACUCCUUCAUCUCAGCCUCCAUGUCCGGCCUCUCGACAGGAAUACCGAGGGCGAUCUGUUCGUAGGGCUGACGGUCGGCCAAGUAUCUGCCGAGGGCAGGCGUCUCCUUGGAGGCGAAACUUGUCGACUGCGACGUAGAGUUCGACUUCGCCGACAGACCGUCGGAUUGUUUCGUGCUGCUGUGCAUAUUGACGGGCAUGGGGUUCUUUCCCGCCUUGUCUUGGGUCAGUCUGUCCAUUGUGGAAGCAAAUCUCGAUCGGGUGGGAGGUGUGCGGAUGUGGUGUGGAGGCGAUGUGGGAGCUUACGUCGCUCAACUACCGUGGGGGAAGGCCGGUUUAUAUGCUCCAGAGACCGUCACAUAACGGCAAGCCUUCGGGCAGAGAUUCAUCUCAUGUCCUUCGUCCCGGCUCCCGGCCCUCUGCUCCGAGCGUGACCAUCGAGGGGUCAUUCCCUUCGCCUUUUGCGACACUUCCAGGUCCCUUCCUGGUCCGCCUCUUGUGUUUUUCGACCAUAAAGACCAACUAGGAUUCUAAGGCCACGAAUCGGUCCUCCCUAUCUACGUCUCGUAUUCUUGAAUGACUCUCUAUCCUAACCCCUCCCUCCCCUUACCCCUUUACGUCCCGUCGUGCAAACGGCAAAAUGCUCUCAACCUUCCCGGAAGCUAAGGACCUUAUCAUCCUUAAAGGGAUUAAAGAAGGGUUAGGGACGGUAGACAGCGGCAAAUCCCAGACGACGAGGGACCAUCACUUGUGCUAAAGUGGCAGCGAAGGCGGCGGCAUUCGUUGGAAAGGCAUCUGGAUAACCAGGGGUCUACGUGUCGGCCUCGAGCCUGUCGGCCUACGACGAAUGCGUGCGUAAUCAUUUGGUGACGUAACUGUGUUCCGUCGAUGAAUCGCGGGUGAAUCUCUGCCGACGAAACUACUCGGGCCCUUGGCCAGGUGUGCCGCAGGCAAUAUGGAGGGUUCCGGGCACUUGGGGCGCUGAUGGGUGUGUACACUACUAGUUAUUUGUCACGAACAGCUAAGGCGGAGGCAGGAUACUUGG